AAUCCGCCAUCUUGUCCCUCCGCGCUGGAGCAGAGCAGAGCAGUUAUGGCCGACUACAGCAGCGUGGCUCCACCGUCCUCUAACGCCGCUGGAGGAAUGAACGACGCUUUCCAAGACGCACUUCAGCGAGCACGACAGAUUGCAGCAAAGAUUGGUGGAGAUGGAGUAGCGGGAGGCCCCACGAGUGACUUUGGUUACGGAGGGCAGAAAAGGCCCCUGGAGGACGCUGGUGGGUAUUUUCCAAUGCCUAUCCUCAAUGCCGACCAACCAGAGACAAAGAAAGUGGCAACUAAUGACGCUUUUGCAGCCAUGGCAGCAAUGGGUGGCCCUGGAAGGGCAACAAAUGAAGAAAUUAAAGUUCCAGAUGGGAUGGUUGGCUUCAUUAUUGGAAGAGGAGGAGAACAGAUUUCAAGGAUACAGCAAGAGUCCGGUUGUAAAAUACAGAUAGCUCCUGACAGUGGGGGAAUGCCAGAAAGGUCGGUGACGUUAACAGGCUCCCCAGACUCCAUCCAAGCAGCUAAACGUUUGUUACAAGAGAUAGUAGAAAAGGGUCGUCCCACUCCGUCCUUUCAUCAUAACGAUGGAGGUCCAGGCAUGUCCGUGCAGGAGAUAAUGGUCCCUGCGUCAAAAGCUGGGCUUGUGAUCGGAAAAGGAGGGGAGACCAUCAAGAGCUUGCAGGAGAGAGCUGGAGUCAAAAUGGUCAUGAUCCAAGAUGGUCCCCAGAACACGGGUGCAGACAAACCGCUAAGGAUUUCGGGAGAUCCUUUUAAAGUUCAGCAAGCCAAAGAGAUGGUGAUGGAGCUGAUCAGAGACCAGGGCUUCAGGGAGCAGAGGGGAGAAUAUGGCUCUCGGGGUGGAGGAGGAGGUGGAGGAGGAGGAGACAGUUUAGAUGUCCCUGUCCCACGGUUUGCAGUUGGAAUAGUUAUUGGCAGAAAUGGAGAAAUGAUCAAGAAAAUUCAAAACGACACAGGAGUUAGGAUCCAGUUUAAACCAGACGAUGGCAGCACUCCCGACAGAAUAGCACAGAUCAUGGGCCCACCUGACGCGGCCCAACAUGCGGCAGAGAUCAUUUCAGACCUGCUCCGGAGUGUCCAGACGGGAGGACCACCGGGACACGGGGGCAGGGGCAGAGGGAGGGGGCAGGGCAACUGGAACAUGGGCCCCCCCGGAGGACUGCAAGAGUUCAGCUUCACGGUCCCGACCAUGAAGACCGGACUCAUUAUUGGGAAAGGUGGAGAGACGAUCAAAGGCAUCAGCCAACAGUCCGGAGCCAGACUGGAGCUGCAGAGAAACCCGCCCCCAAACUCCGACCCCAACGUCAAAUUAUUCACCAUCCGAGGAUCGCCGCAACAGAUCGACUAUGCCCGGCAACUCGUCGAGGAGAAGAUUGGGGGUCCAGUAAACCCGAUGGGAGGCCCCCCUGGUCCCCAUGGCCCCCCAGGACCUCCCGGCCCCCCCGGAGCACCCAUGGGACCAUACAACCCUGGACCAUACAACCAGGGACCGCCUGGACCUCAUGGUCCUCCUGGCGCUCCGUACCAGCCUCAGGGAUGGGGCAAUGGUUACCCACACUGGCAGCAGGGGCAGCCUGAUCCAAAUAAAGCAGCAGCUGAUGCCAAUGCUGCAGCUUGGGCGGCGUAUUACGCUCAGUAUGGACAGCAACCUCAGGCCCCGCCCACCUCCGGAGCUCCAGGCACCUCCCAAACCAACGGCCAAGGUGACCCUCAGGGCGCAGCUCAGGGCGGACAGACAGAUUACACCAAGGCCUGGGAGGAAUAUUACAAGAAAAUGGGUCAGCAGAGUCAGCCACCACAGGACUACACAAAGGCCUGGGAGGAAUACUAUAAGAAACAAGGUCAGGCAGCCCCUCAGGCAGCUGCAGCUGCUGCCCCCGCCGCUGCCCCCAGUGGCCAGCCCGACUACAGCGCGGCGUGGGCAGAGUACUACCGACAACAGGCUGCGUACUACGGUACAGGCAACCCCCAAGCUCCACAAGCUCCCCAGGGCCAGUAAUGUGAAGUGGACAUAAGUGCAUAUUUGCUUCAAUGUGUCGAAACAAAAUCCUAUGUGAUUGUUUGUUGUGGAUGCUGACGACUUGAUGAAGAUCUUAACUUGGUCCUUGGUUUAUUUAACAGAGGUGAACCAGCCAACGUCCUUUAUAUAGUCCUAUAUUUUUUGUUUUUGCUUUUUUCUCCUUGUAAAUCCUUUGUUUUUAGUGGGGUAAAACUAUUAUACAUUUAAGGUCAUUCCAGCUUGUAUCAAAUGUUUGUAGUCAUUUCUUACCAUGUAAAAAUCAUCUCAGUUUUAAAAUACCUGUUGUUUUUUUGCAAUAAAACAAAACUAAAACCUG